AUCGCCCGCUCAUCCACUUCCUGUUCGUAGUCGACGAUGGCGCCGAAGAUGACCGACGUAGAAGCUCAGCAGCAGCAGAAGCAGCCUCUCUUGGCUCCGGAUUCGGCCGGCGAUGACCAAGCGACCCUCGUGCAGAAAGCCAUCAGCCAGACCUUUAAGAGCACCGCCCACCUCGCCAAGCUGCUCCCCACCGGCACCGUGCUCGCCUUCCAGCUCCUCUCCCCCAUCUUCACCGACGGAGGCCACUGCAUGGCGGUGAACCGGCUGAUGACCGAGUGCCUCGUGGCCAUCUGCGGCCUCUCCUGCUUCGUCCUCAGUUUCACCGACAGCUUCCGUGACGGCAACGGCACGGUGCGGUAUGGGCUGGCCACAUUCCGGGGACUGUGGGUUAUCGACGGCACCAAGCCGCUCCCUCCGGCGAUCGCGGCGAGAUACAGGAUCAAGUUCAUCGACUUGGCCCACGCGUUGGUGUCCGUUCUGGUGUUUGCGGCGGUGGCGCUGUUCGACCAGAACGUGGUGUCCUGCUUCUUCCCGAUGCCGUCGGAAGAGACGAAGCAGGUUCUGACGUGCUUGCCGGUGGGGAUCGGAGUCAUCGGCAGCAUUCUGUUUGUUACUUUCCCUACCACCCGCCAUGGAAUUGGCUUUCCCCUCUCUCCGCACUGAGGCCAAUCAAUGUAUUCCUCCCUCUCCUCUCCGUGAAGAUGCAAAAAAAUAUUCAUUUAUUGUUUGAAGAUUAUUACAGAUUUAAAUUAAAAUAGAGAAAAAUUUUCAUUACGCUCA